CACAAAACCCUCUCAAAACCUCCUCCAAUUUCAGACGUUCCAUCAUCUUCCUCCAGGCGUGCAACUGACCGAAAAUCUCAGAUCUCCGGAGAUGAGGAGGCUUCAUGGAAUCUCCGCCGCAUUCCAAUCCGCCAAGGGCUUUUCCACCGUCACAGCGCAAAACAGGGAGCACCGGCUGAUCCAGUCGGCUCUCUACAGCACUCGCAACAGUUCAUCCUCCAUGUCGCACAUCUUCUCCCAUAAUAAGCACGAUGAUCAGUCAUAUCGUCCCUCUGCCCACGUCCUAUCCGGAACAGUGCUUUUCUCCGUCGCCGCCUCAACGCUGGCCAAAGAGGCUCACGCCAAAGAGCCGAUCCCGCCUAACUUUCGCCCCAAUGAUGUCGUUCUGUACCAGUACGAAGCCUGCCCUUUCUGCAACAAGGUCAAAGCAUUCCUUGACUACUAUGACAUUCCAUACAAAAUUGUGGAGGUUAACCCCCUUAGCAAAAAAGAAAUCAAGUGGUCUGAUUACAAGAAAGUGCCCAUAUUGAUGGUUGAUGGCACACAAAUGGUGGAUUCAUCAGGUUUGUUUCUAUGAAUUUGUUUGAUUUUUGUUUCUUAA